UAUCGUCAGUGGCCGCGUUGGUACCGGUGGCAGCUAUGUAAGUGCGCUGUGCUGACUCAGUUUCCUUUUAAUUUUUUCCAAGUGCAAGUCAAAAGUAUGACGACAUUUCGACGCACGCCUUAAUGCAAAUAGAAAAGCUAGUAUCAUUUGUAUGAAUGUAGUGCUAACAUUCCUGCUACAUUCAAAGUAUUCAACAACUUGUCGCUUGUAUUCUUCGUCUUCCAAGUUCCGAAUGUUCUGAAUAUUUCGAGUGUUGAGUGAAUAAAAUAGAGCGGCUCGCAAGUGUUAGUUCCGACGUUCGUUGGUUUAGUUUGUGUAGAAGUUGAAAAGUGCGCCUAACUGGAGUAGCGAACGUAUCUGCACUUAUUAUACCACGCAAAACAGUUCAAAUGGUUCAAAGUUUUACGAUUGCUCAACGUGCUCAACAAUAAACAUGGUGCUAUUCACACGUAUUAGAUAACGUCCGUUCAACUUGUUGCAGUCAUCGCGCACAUUGCCAAAAACAACAGUAUGUUUAGGUUCACGUGAAGGAAUUCUGCAGCACCUAGCAGGAAAUUACAUCGCCCAUUGUAACAGAACAACAUGGAAACCGCCGCCGGCACGGAUGCGAGCAAUAAUGCGAAUGAUGUAAACCGCGUCUCACUUAAUAACGGCCAUGAGACACGUCCAGGAUCGCCACAUGCAGGAUCUGAUGCUGAGUUUGAUGAUAACUUGGCUGUGCCUGAGUCUCUUUCUAUUGAAGGGCAUGACACUCAUGAUUCCUCAACUAAUGGCAGGAUACCAUUUAAUGUGGUCCAUCAGCCACUGGACAAAACCAAGCGGCCUUUCAAUUACAUCAAAGACAUGCCUAUUGUGGUCAAAUUUACAUCUUAUGAAAGACACAAUACAACGAAUUUAAUAAAUCCUAAUUUAUAUACCAUUCAACUUUCACAUGGACAUUUUACAUGGACGAUUAAACGACGAUACAAACACUUCUUGGAGCUACAUAAUAAACUAACGUUUUUUAAAGCUAGUUUGAAUAUUCCAUUUCCAACAGUUGCGCAUAAACGCCGGAGGGAAAGCUAUAAACAUACCAUUGAAAGACAGCAAUCACAAACGAAUGGGGUUGCUGCAGGAACAGCGAUUCCACCAAAGGAACAACAGAAAGAAUUGAGGUUGCCUAGAUUUCCAAAGAAGCCUGAGAUGUUAAUUUUACACGAACAACUGGACGAUCGAAUGAAACAUCUUGAAGAAUAUCUCAGUAACCUGCUACGAAUCAGUAUAUAUCGAUAUCACGAGGCUACAGCUGAGUUUCUUGAAGUAUCACGAUUAUCUUUCAUUCAUGAUCUUGGUAUAAAGGGCAAAGAGGGUUUAGUAAAGAAAAAAUUUGGCAGUACACAGCCUGGUCAAGCUGGAUGCAAUUGUUUUGGAUGUUGUACAGGAGCAUGUUGUUUAAGAUGUAAAUAUUUAUGUAAAGAUGUAAUCUGUCCGUCAUUCCGUUCUCGCUGGUUCUUCCUCAAAGAUACAUUCUUUGGUUACAUGGACCCAAAAACCGGCGAAGUAAAGUCAAUUAUUCUCUACGAUCAGGGUUUUGAAGUGGCUGCCAGUAUGUAUAAUACCGGCCUUCAUAAAGCAAUACAAAUCCAAACAUUAAGUCGGCAAAUUAUUUUUAAAUUGUCUUCCCGCGGUCAACGCAAAGCAUGGCUCGAAGCACUCAAAUCAGUCGCCGAAAAUGAGGCAAAAGUAUUCACUGCAACGAAUGCGAAUCAUUCAUUUGCUCCCCUGAGGCAUCACACCGAAGCCAGUUGGUUUGUUGACGGGCAAGGGUACAUGUCUGCGGUUGCAGAUGCGAUGGAAGCAGCCCAGGAGGAAAUAUACAUUGCUGAUUGGUGGUUGAGUCCAGAAAUUUACCUCAAGCGACCCAUGUUUGAAGGAGAACACUGGCGUUUGGAUAAAUUACUUAAACGCAAAGCUGAGGCUGGUGUGAAAAUUUACGUGUUACUGUAUAAAGAAUUUCAGUAUGCGCUGGGUUUAAAUAGUUAUUACAGUAAACAAACACUGUCUGCUAUGCAUGAUAAUAUUCAAGUGUUGCGCCAUCCUGAUCAUGCAAAAGUUGGUGUUUUUCUAUGGGCGCAUCAUGAAAAAAUUGUGGUGGUUGAUCAAAUGUACGCGUUUUUGGGUGGGAUUGAUCUAUGUUACGGUCGAUGGGAUGAUCAUGAACAUCGAUUAACUGAUUUAGGCAGUAUUACACCUACAGUUGAUAUUUCCACAUUGAAAAAACGCACAUCAACAGUGCCUGCAGGGGAUAAUUUUUAUCAGAUGCCACAACCGCACACAAUUCAAACUGUGGUUAUUGAAGAACCAUCCGAUAAUGAAUCAACAGCUUCGGCUGAUUCAGUUGAUGCCAGGCCACAGUUACAACCAGGAGAUCAAUUAUUGAUGCCUGGAUUUAAGCCUAGUUCACGGAUGAACACUCCGGAACCAGAAAGGAAAAAUCCAUUGACAAAAAUCACACAGAAAGUAAAACUUAAGGGGAAAGAAUUGGUGAAUAUGGUUUAUACACAAGGAGAAAAUCAAGUUGUUCCAGCUAUUGAAGACGAUAAUGCCAGUGCCAGGAGCAAACGGCAGACUGAUUCGUAUGAAAAUAACGCAGGUGCUAAAUAUUGGAUUGGCAAAGAUUACUGUAACUUUAUUGUUAAGGAUUUUGCUGAACUGGAGUCACCAUUUACGGACAUGAUAGAAAGAGUAACCACACCUAGAAUGCCAUGGCAUGAUAUAGGUGUCUUUGUGCAAGGACCAGCUGCUCGUGAUGUCUCGCGUCAUUUUAUCCAGCGUUGGAAUGCGACAAAAUUAGAUAAAGCCCGAAUAAGCUCGAAUUAUUCAUACCUACUGCCAAAAUCAUAUCACACCAUUGAGGAGAAGAUCCACUUUGGCGCUUUAAUCAAAAACAGAGUACAGUGCCAAGUAUUGCGGAGCUCCAGUUCGUGGUCAGCUGGAUUUCUAGACCCACAGACUGUAGAACAAUCUAUUCACACUGGAUAUGUUAAUGCCAUCAACUCGGCGGAGCAUUUUAUUUACAUUGAAAAUCAGUUUUUCAUUUCAUUGCCACAAGGACACUCGGAUACGUACAAUUUAAUCGCGGAGACUUUGUUCAGAAGAAUUCUACGUGCUUAUAAAUGUAAUGAAGUAUUCAGAGUUUAUAUCGUCAUGCCAUUGUUACCCGGAUUUGAAGGAGAAGUUGGCCAGAAAACCGGAACAUCGUUGCAUGCAAUCACACAUUGGAAUUAUGCAUCAAUUUCAAGAGGUAAGGAUUCAAUACUGCAGCGAUUGAAAACAGCCGGUGUUGAAGACCCCUCGAAAUAUAUUAGUUUCUACGGGUUGCGAAACCAUUCCGUCUUGAACAACGAACCAAUCACCGAAUUAAUUUACGUACACUCGAAACUGAUGAUCGUCGACGACAAAAUGGUUAUUUGUGGCUCGGCGAACAUCAACGACCGUUCUAUGAUCGGCAAACGUGAUUCAGAAAUUGCAGUUGCGAUCAGAGACGAAGAAUUUGACGAGGGCGUUAUGAAUGGAGUGAAAUAUCCGUGCGGCAAGUUUUGUGGUACGCUGCGUAAACAUCUCUUCAAGGAACAUUUGGGUUUGCUAGGAAGAGAACACGAAUAUAUUGAUAUAGACGUGGAAGAUCCUGUUAGUGAGGCAUUCUACAAAUUCGUGUGGCAAGACACUGCCUCGCUGAACACUGAAUUCUAUGAGAAAGUGUUUCAUUGCAUACCUUCAAAUGAGGUAAAAACCUUUUCUGAUUUGAAGGAAUAUUUAUCACGCCCGCCUUUGUAUACUACCGAACUAACUCGAAGUCUAAGAAUGUUGGAGGAAAUUAAGGGUCAUUUAGUUAAUUUCCCACUGGAUUUCUUAUGCAAUGAAUUAUUAACUCCAAGUUCUGGUACAGUGGAAGGAAUGAUGCCGACGGCUUUGUGGACUUAGGUUUGUUGUACAGAAGUAUGUCUUCCGUCAAUAUUAUACUUCCAUUUUGAUGUUAUAAGUUUAAGCGUCUAACGGCCUUACCUCGAUAGAUUAAGUUAUCGCGCGUACUUUUUCAAAUUUCAGUGCUUUUAAUUAAUUUAUCAUGUAGAUUCUAUUUUAUGAUUUCCAGUUUAUCAGUAUUCUUAUAUUUACAGUAAUUUGUAAACCAUCGAAACGUAAGCUUUAAAAAAAUCAAUUGUUAAUUAUAACAGCAGGGAAUGAGGUCUUAUAAGUGCACCGCCAGUAAUUUAUACUAAUUUUAACAUUGUUUUUAUCAUAUUUAUGUUGUGAUUUUAUUUUGCAUUUAUUUUUACGUUUUGAAUGCGUUCAAGACUAAAUAUCAUAAGUUGUAACGAAUAAGCAAUAGACGGCGCUACCAUGCUGUUUCAGUGCAAUAACUCUUAAACGUGAGCCACUGGUGAUCCGAUUCUUACAAGUAAACAAUCAGUCAAGGCCAAGCCAACGUACAUAGUACAAUCUACAGAUUUAUUGUUGUUAUAUUUGAUACAGGUUAUUUGUAUUGUACAAGAAUAUAAAAGUUAGUUUGAGAA